GCCUGGUUUUAGCGCCGCGCUCAGAGUAGGCCCAAUGACCUGCGGCGCGAGGCCUGCCUCUGCCAGUCCUUAUUUCAGGCGGUUGGCACAGCAGUGCUGCCUUUCCUAAGGUGUGGAGAGCGGAGCGUUGGCUGAGUUAUGCGACCAUGAAGGUCAAAGUCAUCCCGGUGCUUGAGGACAACUACAUGUACCUGAUCAUCGACGAACGCACACGGGAGGCAGUGGUAGUGGAUGUGGCUGUACCCAAGAGGCUGCUAAAGAUCGUGGGUCGGGAAGGGGUGUCUCUGACCACCCACCACCACAGGGACCAAGUGCGGGGAAACGCAGAGCUGGCGGGGCUGUGGCCCGGUCUGGCGGUGAUGGGCACCGAUGAGCGCAUCUGUGCACUGACACACAGGCUGGUGCAUGAGGAGGAGCUGCAGUUUGGGGCCAUCCACUUGCGCUGCCUCCUGAUGCCUGGUCAUACCUCCAGCCACUUGAGCUACUUCCUGUGGGAGGAAGAAUGCCUGGACCCACCUGCCCUUUUCUCAGGGGACACAUUGUUGGUGGCUGGCUGUGGCUGGUGCCUGCAGGGCACCACUCUGCAGAUGUACCAGAGCCUGGCUGAGACCCUGGGCACCCUGCUCCCUGAGACGGUUGAGGGUCCAGCUCCUGCUCUGCGCGCAGUACACUCUGCACCUGUCCUGCACUUAAGGUGCAAGAUGACUGAACAGUUAAGGUGGACUGGGCCAGGGGCAGGGGCCAGAGCCAGUGUGGGUGCCUUCCCACAUCCCUGCCUCGGCUGUACUGCACAUACACUGAGCACUUGCCUCCUCCAGAAGGCAUUGAGCACACACUGAGCAACCUAGAGUUUGCACAAAGUGGAGCCCUGCAAUGACCACGUGAGAGCCAAGCUGUGCUGGGCCAAGAAAAGGGAUGAAGACGAUGUGCCUACAGUACCAUCCAUUCUGGGCGAGGAGCUGCUCUAUAACCCUUUCCUCAGGGUGGUAAAGGAGCCAGUGUAAAAGUUCAUAGGCAAGGUGGCCCUGGCUGAAGUCCUGGAGGAUCUCUGCAGGGAGUGGGAGCACUAUGAGUGGGCAGCUGAGCCACUGUGGCCACAGGCAAGGGGUCUCCUUGCACUGCAGUGGCGAAUCUUACACACAGCCAGCAGAAGUGAGCCACAUAUGGAGCCUUAGUGGGCCAAUGUUCAUCUACAUCCCUCCUGUGACCCCCAGCUAACUGGACCUCUGAGAGGGCUACCUAUGGAACAUUCCUCUAAGGCCCUGACCAGCUGACAGCCCAGCCUUGAGGGCCAGCAUGCAGGGGCUUUGCCUUUGGCACUUCAGGAGUGGACAAGCAGGGCCUCUUU